AUGCGGGAUGAGAGCCCUCGGGCCACGCUGGUCUCGCAAGCACGUGUCCAUACACCCAAGCGCAGAGCCCAGGGACAGCUAAUGGGUGAAAGCUGGACUGGGGGCGCCACCUCCGCCAGCGAACCGAGCCGAGACCUCCAGGGCGUUCUUUCACGGAGGCUGGGGGCGCAGUUCCCGAUUGGCCGAACUCGCUGUAACACAAGCACGCACUCCGAGAGCCGCAUGAUCUUAGACGCCUUCGCCCAGCAGUGCAGCCGCGUUCUUAGCCUCUUAAACUGUGGAGGCAAACUCCUGGAUUCCAAUCACUCCCAGUCCAUGGUUUCCUGUGUAAAGCAAGAAGGCAGCUCGAGUUACAACGAAAGACAGGAGCAGUGUCACCUCGGGAAGGGGGUCCACAGCCAGACCUCAGACAGUGUCGACGUCGAGAUGCAAUACAUGCAAAGAAAACAACAGACUUCGGCCUUCUUGAGGGUUUUCACUGACUCCCUACAAAAUUACCUGCUCUCGGGGAGCUUUCCAACUCCAAACACCUCAUCGGUCAGUGAGUACGGCCACUUGGCCGAAGUGGAUCCUCUGUCAACCUCGCCCGUGCACACGUUAGGUGGCUGGACCUCCCCAGCAACGUCCGAAUCCCACGGUCACCCAUCCUCUUCUACGCUGCCCGAGGAGGAAGAGGAGGAGGAGGAGGAAGGCUACUGUCCUCGAUGCCAAGAGCUGGAGCAGGAGGUUAUCUCUCUGCAACAAGAGAAUGAAGAGCUCAGAAGGAAGUUAGAGAGCAUCCCAGUGCCCUGCCAGACCGUGUUAGAUUACUUGAAGACGGUCCUGCAGCACCAUAACCAGCUCCUGAUCCCGCAGCCAGCCGACCAGCCGACCGAGGGCAGCAAGCAGCUGUUGAACAACUACCCUGUCUUCAUCACAAGCAAACAGUGGGAUGAGGCUGUCAAUUCUUCCAAGAAGGAUGGGCGACGGCUCCUCCGCUACCUCAUCAGAUUUGUUUUCACGACCGAUGAGCUUAAGUACUCAUGCGGCCUUGGGAAAAGGAAAAGGUCAGUGCAGUCAGGAGAGGCAGGUCCCGAAAGACGCCCUCUGGAUCCAGUUAAAGUAACAUGCCUCCGAGAAUUCAUUAGGAUGCACUGUACUUCCAACCCUGACUGGUGGAUGCCUUCGGAAGAACAGAUAAACAAAGUGUUCAGCGACGCGGUGGGUCACGCCCGGCAGGGGCGGGCUGUGGGGACUUUCCUUCACAACGGUGGCUCCUUUUAUGAAGGGAUCGAUCAUCAGGCUUCGCAGGAUGAAGUCUUCAAUAAAAGUUCCCAGGAUGGAUCUGGGGAUUAG